UUUCAGAUUAUUUAUAUGACCUACAAUGAAAACGCGCCACGUUGCUAACUGCAAUUCUAGCAGAUUGAAGAAAGCGUGUUCCACAUACCAUGAAUGAAACAAUAUUUGUGGCGUCGUUUGGACCGUAGCGUGCAACUCUUACUCUUACCUUGCAAAGUCAUGAGUUUGUGUCUGGAACCUCCACCACUGCCCAAUCCCAAAACCAGUGCUCAACUCAAACGCCGGUUCACUUCUAUUCGCACCGGUUUACCUCAAUCAAACCACCACCGGACAGCCUCUAGUUUUUCACUUUAUCCGACUUUCCGCUCAAGAGCUACUGUUUCUGCAGUUUUGAAGACGAAGGAAGAGGGAAAAAGUGCGCUGACGGAGCAAGCGGAGCCGCCUGUGAGCGUAGUAGCGGUGGUUGGUGAAGGAAGCGUCAGUCCAUUAAAAUGCGCCACGUGGGAAGAGGUUAUGCGGCACACCGCGAAAAGACUGAAAUGGGUAGAUGAAGGAUAUGAAAUGGUUGUUUUCACUGACAAUUUCCAUCAAUCCAAUGAUCAAACAGCCGUGAAUCUGCAAAAGGAAUUGCUUUCUGCAGAUAUUCUGGUGGUUGUAGCUGUUUCAAACCAGGAUUCAGUGAAAUGGAUUCAGACCAAUAGCAAAAACAUCCCUAAUAUAAUCUGCUUUGAAUCCAAUCUGGAUUUAGUUAACAAAUUAGGAGGCUCUUAUGUCCAUAGUGAAAUAAAAGGGGGCUUCUUUGACAAAAUAGUGGGAAUGUCUCGGCUGAAGAAAACAAAUGAAACAAUGGAAGUUGUGCAAACUGUAUCUGAUGCUUGGGACCGACGUAAUUCUGAUGAUAUAAGGUUCUGUUUGUUGGUUAUUAUCAAUGCUUAUAUUCGGCCAGUCCCUAUCUUGAAGAACUUGAGAGCAAAGGGUUUUUCUACCCUGAAUUGCAUGGUGAAAAAUUGUGGACCUCAGAUAUUGGAUUGCCUUAUGGAUCCAAAUUGUAGGAAAGCUCUCCAAUGCUUGAAUAAAUGCAGUCCAGUAGAUCAGGUGUGCAAUUAUCGAUGUAUUGCUUCAUAUGAAAGUCCGAAACUAGAAGCAUUUUCUCUGUGUGUUCUUCAGAAAAAUAAUUGUCUUGAUUUAGAUGCAAUGAUCCCUGAAAAGCCAUAUGUGCAGCCUAUGCUUAAGUUUCGAGGAAAGGACUUGUGCUAUGAAACUGCUGAAGAUAUAUUUGUUGGUUGGUUGGGGAGUUUGGAUUGGAGUUGGCGAGUUGUGGCAGGCCAGAACCCAGCUUAUGAUCAAUUUCCAUGCCAGUACCAGCUAUUUUACAGGGGGAAGGCAAAGGGAUCAUUUUGGUAUGAGCCAGUUUUUCAGGUUAAAACUUUGGACGGAGAAAUGAUUUGGAGGAGGCGUAAAUAUCGUGUCAAGAGAGGAAAAGUUCCUGGGACAUUUUACUUCAGUGUCUUGGAUAAUGGGGUUGUGUCAAAUGAGUUUUGGACAAUUGUGGAUGUAUCUGACGACUUUAGUUGGGGUUUGUUUCAUUACCAUGGGGCAGCUCGAGUUGCAGGACAGUCAUAUACUGGUGCUGUGCUUGUUAGUCCAGAUGGAGCAUACCCAAAACAGACAGAGGGCAGUAGAUUAUCUUCCGCUUUGGAAAAAUGUGGAAUUAAGGAGUGGGAAUUAUAUACAGUUGAUAAUUGUUCAUGCCAAGAUCCUCCAUUGGGAAUUCCAGAAGGGUCAAGUUUACAUUCUAUGGUUGAUGUAGAACACCAGGGUUGGGCUUCUGUUUAAGGAUGGCCAAAUGCUUGAACAUUGCUGCUCAAUUCUAAUGGCAAUUAGAUGGCUUGCUAAUUUGCAGGGAUAUAUACAGCCAGGUUAGUGAAUUUUUCCCAGGACAGGUGACUUGCAAGUUAGAAAAUGAUAUUUCAGUGAUAUGCAUUCUUUUUCUUUUAUUUAUUACAGAAGUGAAAAAUAUACCUGAAAAUUUGUCGCGAAUGAAAGUAACAUAACAUUUUUCUGAUAUCAGUUUAAUGUAUCUAUAUGAUCCGAAGAAGUUUAUUUUCAAUUCUGCAUGCAUUGCAAGUAAUCUAGGAACUGAACUUAGUUUUUAGUCCAAAUAGCUGUUUGAAGAUCCCUUUUGAUCUAUACUAAAGGAAGAAGAAAGUUAUUCAUCUGUUUUGUUGGAAGUCAUCCAUGCGAGU